CCGGUUUGAGCUUGAGCCGAAACCCAUUUUCGGACUUAGUCGGGGGGCCUUCGAUCCGCUGGGUUUUUCCAUCCCCUUGAUUACAUCGGAGGUUUCACUGAUCGGAAACUUGAGAAUUUACAAACAUGGGGGCUUCAGAAUCCGCACUCUCACGCUCUCUCUCAACGAGGUCAGCUGAUGUAAUCUCCACCGUGUCGGAGCGAUCAGAAGCUGUUGAUCCCAUCUUAGAGAGGCUCAAAUCCCUUCAAAUCACAACACCGAUAUUGCAGUCACCCCCUACGGAAGGUAGCCUGACAGAUAUCUUAGUUAGAAAACCGCCCUCUUCUUCAAAUGCUGUUACUGUGAAUCCCCAAGUGCUUUUGGAGCUCUUCUCGAUAUACCGUAAGUGGCAGGACGAAAAGGUCCAAGAGAUCAACAAAAAUCAGGAAGAUAUUGAGAACAAGAUCGAAGUCGCAGAUGCUUUGGCUGUUAAACUUCUUCAACGCUUAAAUUUUUCUGUUUCUGCAGUUAAGUCAGCUUCCCAACAUCUAUCAGAAGUUCACUCACUGGAAGUGGAAAUCGGUGAGCUUAAGGGAAGAUUGACAGAGGUUAUUAGUAAUUGCGAUGCAUUAUGCAGAAGAAUUGCCUCAGAGGGUCCAGAGUCUCUUCGGUCAUCUAUCAAGCCAUUUGUUCUCGCAACGGCCGACACAGGGUCGUCUUGCAACUCAUCUUCUAAACAAGUAGCUUUGGAUACAGAUCCACAUCCCCAAGAACCCAAAUUAAAUUGAUUCAUUAUUGGAAAUCGUUUUGUAAUUUAGAAACAAAAGCACUCACAUUGCAAAAAAUGGUAUAUAUAAAAAUGCCAAUUCUUGAUAAA